AUGCGACGAAACAUUGCCACGUUUUUAAAGUUAGGCUUAGUACUUACUGCUUUUAUUUCUGCUACUUUGAUUCUUCUUCGAAUUAUGAGAUUACCUUUGCAAGACGAAUUUAAUAAUAGUAUUAUUCACGAUAAAUUGGAUGAUAUAAAGCCAUUUAGAUUAAGAAACGAUAGAAUCAAAAUAGAUUGGCAUGAUUAUGAAGCGAUACAAAGAGAUUUAAAUAGAAUAGGGCCUGGAGAGCAAGGCAAACCAGCAAAUGCAACAAAAAUUAAUGAGACUUUAAAAAAAAAGUUGUACGAUGUUAAUGGUUUUAAUGCAGCAUUAAGUGAUAAAAUCUCAUUAAAUAGAUCAUUACCUGAUAUACGUAACCCAGGGUGUAAAACAAAAAAAUACCUGCAAAACUUGCCGACUGUUAGUGUAAUAGUACCUUUUCAUAAUGAACAUUGGAGCACAUUGCUUAGAACAGCACAAAGUGUUCUAAAUAGAUCACCUGCACAUCUUAUUUCUGAAAUAAUAUUGGUUGAUGAUGCUAGUACAAAAGACUUUCUUAAAUCUAAAUUGGAAGACUAUGUAUCAAAAAAUAUGCCGAAAGUUAAAGUUUUAAGAAUGCACAAGAGAUCAGGCUUGAUCCGAGCACGCUUAGCAGGUGCUAAAAUAGCAAAAGCAGAAGUCUUACUUUUUUUGGAUUCACAUACAGAAGCUAAUGUUAAUUGGUUACCUCCCUUAUUAGAACCAAUUGCUCAGGAUUAUAAAACAUGCAUGUGCCCUUUUAUUGAUGUGAUACAAUUUGAAACUUUUGAGUAUAGGGCACAAGAUGAAGGUGCUAGAGGUGCUUUCGAUUGGGAGUUCUUUUAUAAAAGACUACCUUUAUUGCCUGAAGAUUUAGAACAUCCAUCUGAGCCUUUCAAGAGUCCUAUUAUGGCGGGCGGAUUAUUUGCUAUAAGUGCCAAAUUCUUUUGGGAACUAGGAGGAUAUGAUGAGGGUUUAGAUAUUUGGGGUGGAGAGCAAUAUGAAUUAAGUUUUAAAAUUUGGCAAUGUGGUGGACAGAUGUAUGAUGCUCCCUGCUCAAGAGUAGGACACAUAUAUAGGAAAUUUGCACCAUUUCCCAACCCAGGAAUUGGAGAUUUUAUAGGAAGGAAUUAUAAAAGAGUGGCUGAAGUGUGGAUGGAUGAAUAUAAAGAGUAUUUAUACAAUAGAAAACCGCAUUAUAGAAAUAUUGAUGCAGGAGAUUUGACUGCACAAAAAGCAGUGAGAGAUAAAUGGAACUGUAAACCAUUUAAAUGGUUCAUAGAAAAUAUAGCAUUUGAUUUGCCUCAAAAAUAUCCACCAGUCGAACCUGAUGAUUUUGCAAAAGGAGAAAUAAGAAGUGCAGCAGAUACAAACUUAUGUGUUGAUACUAAGAACAAACCAAGAGAAGUACAAUUUGGCUUAGAUUUUUGUAAAUCAGAUUAUGGUAAAACUGUAACCAAUGCAGAACAAACAUUUAUUUGGACAUGGCACAGUGAUAUACGACCUAGUGGAAGAUCUUAUUGUUGGGAUGUACCUUCACCACAAGAUAAAGCAACAUUAAGUUUAUACCCAUGCCAUGGUUCUAAGGGUAACCAAUUGUGGAAUUAUGAUAAAAAACAUCAAUGGUUAGUACAUGGAGGAAACCCUCGAUGUCUUGAUGCAAAUAUUAUUGCAAAAACAAUAUUUGUUACAACUUGUAAUCCCGGCUCCAAAACACAAAAAUGGAUUUUUGGUAAUUUCAGUCGAACAGUGUAG